AUGACCAUCGCGGAUCUCAUGGUUCGGUUUAUCUUCUGGCUGAUUAGCGGGCCAGACAUGCUCUACACUCACGCGACUAUUGUCACCGUGGACCCCGCGAGGCGCAUCAUUGAGGACGGUGCGAUCUAUGUGCAGGAAAAUAUCAUUGCGGACCUUGACGCGACCAGCUCACUAUUGCGGGGUACGGCAGACAAGGAGGCACUAGAACCAUGGCUAGCGGACGUAAUUCGUCCCCUGCAGCGUAUCAUGACGACUGAAGAGGGAUCGGUGGCCGUGCAAUUGAGUGUAGCGGAGAUGCUCAAGUCCGGCACGACGUGCUUUCUAGAGAGCAUGUUUUGCUCCUUGGAACAUCAUGAUUGUGACCAGCUCUGUCGGGUGGUCCAGGACAGCGGUAUCCGGGGCUGUUUAGGCCAGAGGGCCCUCCUGCUUGCUCCGGCUGAUAAUGCCACCGAUCGUUCCAUAUCCAAUAUAGUGUAA